UGUGAAACAGUUUUAUGGUGAGAGGCAGCAUCAAGAAGGAAGAAUAUCACCACCCUGAUUGGAGACAGACGAGCUUCAGAUGGAAGUGAUCCCCACAGCUAUGCAGUAUCAUGGAAGACUGGCACUACUGUGGCAUGAUGUCAUCGUGGAGCGUGCUCUUGACACUUUGACCCGGACAUCACGUCCUCAGGCAGUGCAGAGGAAAGCCGCUGUGGUAGACCCCCAGAGUGUGAUCACAGCCAUCGACCACUUCUGCAAACAUAGAGAAUGGGCCAUGAAUGUGUGCGAGGAGAAAGGUGCAGCAAGUGGAAGGAGCCUCAGGAACUUGGAUCCCUCGAUUGAAGGAGCAUUUCGGGGCCCAGGCUUUUGACUUAGUUUUCCUGGACCACUAGAAAGAUCGCUACCUUCCUGACACAAAACUUCUGAAGGAGUGUGGUCUCAUACAGAAAGGCACAGUGAUGCUGGCAGACAAUGUCAUCUGUCCAGGAACCCCUGACUAUCUGUAGUACGUCUGCAACAGCUCUCACUACAACAGCCACUACUACAGAUCACACCUGGAGUACACUAAAGCAGAGAACGUCCUGGGGAAGUCUGUGUUCUUAGGGUACUAGCCAAACAGCGAGCAUCUUGCUUUAAAACACCAACUCUCUCUUGAUAAAACAUUUUGGGUUAGUUUCAAUUCAAAGUGCCGCCUUAUGACAUGCUGUAACUUACUGUGCUAAGCAUUUCUUUAUCUGUAGAACUGAUGUUAUCUAGAGUAAGCAAAUAUGUCUUUGAAAAACUAUUUCUACUUGUGUUUUGACAUUGUCACAAUGCUGUCUUGCUAUGCAAAUGAUGAAAAUACCAUCAGUUUUACAGCUGCAGAAUUAUAGUAGUGUGAUGUCUUUUUCAAACAUGGAUUUAAUACACUAGGUGGCAGUGGUGUGCCUUUUUAGAUAUUCAAUCAGACAACUGAAAAGCAGCAUGCCGUGGUCCCGUCAUAACUUCAUAGCAUUUAUAGCCUUCUUUCUGGUGUAGGUAGACAGAAAAUGGUCUAAAGUCUUACACCAUAUCUAGCAACUUAAAAUAAUUAUUAAUAUUUUGUUUUGACACUGUAUCAGAUCUACAUUGAGUUAUUAAAGGUUCUGUGAGAAAGGUC